GCCCUGCUCAAAAUCAUGGGGCGCCCUUUAAAAUUCAGGCCCCGCACGGGGUGCUCGAGGGGCGUGGUCUACCCCGCGGGAGAGCCGCGGGCUCUGUUCGCUGUCCCACAGUUUGCAUGGGCUCCUGUGCCCGUUCGGUGCCUGCCCUCGCUGCCCAGGGCUCAGCGGGUGGGCGUCACUCAGCGGGGAGCUUUUGGCCAGAGCAAACCAGCGGUCUCACGUUUCUCCUCUUUGUUUUCCAGGUACUCUUUCGGAUGGGAAUCCCAACUGCUGGAGACCGGAUUCCUGGCGAUAUUUUUGUGCCCUCUCUGGACGCUGGCCCGCCUGCCCAGGUCCACCCCCACGUCCCGGAUCGUCCUGUGGGGCUUCCGGUGGCUGAUUUUCAGGAUCAUGCUUGGGGCGGGCCUGAUCAAGAUCCGUGGGGACCGGUGCUGGCGAGACCUCAGCUGCAUGGACUUCCACUACGAGACCCAGCCGGUGCCCAACCCCCUGGCCUACUACCUGCACCGCUCGCCCUGGUGGUUCCACCGCUUUGAGACGCUGGGCAACCACUUCGUGGAGCUCCUGGUGCCCUUCUUCGUCUUCCUGGGCCGCCGCCUGUGCGUCCUGCACGGGGCCCUGCAGGUCCUGUUCCAGGUCGUCCUCAUCCUGAGCGGGAACCUGAGCUUCCUGAACUGGCUGACCAUCGUGCCCAGCCUCGCCUGCUUCGACGACGCCACCCUGGGACCCCUGUUUCCCUCGGGGCCGGGGAGCCUGAAGUGCCGAGUCCUCCAGCUGCAGAGGAAGGAGCCCCCCGAGGCCCAGCAGGGGCCCACGUACGGCCGUGUGGUGCGGCGGGCGGUCAACGUGUCGCUGGGCGUCCUCGUGGCCUGGCUCAGCGUCCCCGUGCUGCUCAACCUGCUCAGCUCCAGGCAGGUCAUGAACGCGUCCUUCAACCCCCUGAGGAUCGUCAACACCUACGGCGCCUUCGGCAGCAUCACCAAGGAGCGGACAGAGGUGGUCCUGCAGGGCACGGCCCACCCCAACGCCAGCGCCCCUGACGCCUUGUGGGAGGACUACGAGUUCAAGUGCAAGCCCGGAGACCCCCGGCGGCGGCCGUGCCUCAUCUCCCCCUACCACUACCGCCUCGACUGGCUCAUGUGGUUUGCAGCAUUCCAGACCUACGAGCACAACGAGUGGGUCCUGCACCUGGCGGGCAAGCUGCUGGCCGGCGACGCCGAGGCGCUGUCCCUGCUCGCGCACAGCCCCUUCACGGGCAGGGAGCCCCCCAGGUGGAUCCGUGGCGAGCACUACAGGUACAAGUUCAGCCGCCCCGGAGGCCGGCACGCCGCGGAGGGCGCCUGGUGGGUGCGCAGGAGGAUUGGCCCCUACUUCCCGGCCCUGCGCCUGGAAGACCUGCGGGGCUACUUCCAGGCGCGCGGGUGGCCGCUCCCAGAGCCCAGCCGCCCCCACCAGUGACGGACAGACGGAGACCCCGCCCACCUCAGCAGAACCGCGCCUGCCACCCGGCCCCCUCACAGUGGACAGUGGGCGGUGCGUGGACACUGCCAGCCCCAGCCUCAGGCGUGGGCCCAGCCCAGAGGGCUCUCGGGCUCUGAAAGGUUCUGUCCACCCCUGGGCAUGGGCCCAGCUCCCCAGGAUGCAAGGGUGGAGCCAGGCUUCCCCAUCUUCCCCCCACGGCCAACCCGGUCCCUCAUGUGUGAGCACACGCCGUCCACACGCAUGCGCCGUCCACGUCAUACACCAUACGCCGUCCACACGCAAGCACUGUCCACGUCCUACACCAUACGCCGCCCACACGCAAGCACUGUCCACGUCAUACACCAUACGCCGCCCACAUGCAUGCGCCGUCCACGUCCUACACCAUACGCCGUCCACACGCAAGCACCGUCCACUAAGACAUGCCGUCUGUACACACACACACACACGCACCACCCAUGCUGCACACACGUCCCGGCUGCCCUGGCCCUAUGCGUCCUUGGCCGCGUCCCCCGGCCCCGAGCCCGGGGAGAGCGGCCGUCUCGGGGCUCACGUCCGUGGUGCUCCCUGAGACGUGUGGGGCGGCGGCACAGUGCGGGUCUGUGCUGAGCCCCACAGGUGCAGCCAGAGCCGGGGAACAGAGGCCCUGUGUCUGCAGGGACAGACGGGUCUCAGAGCCGGGGCCAGCCAGCCUGCCACCACCUGGGCGUCCUGCCAACGCCGGCCCUGUGGACAGGGCACGAUCUGAGGGACCCCACCCGGCUCCUCCUGGAGGGGCCGCAGGACACCCGGGAGCCCCCCGCCCCGGGCUCUGCAGGUGUGGCCCCAAGGUGAGCUGAGCCCCACCCAGUCAGCACGGGUCACGCCGUCGGGGAGAGCCACAUGGCCGUGUGGGAUGACACAGGAUCCCCUGGGUGGGGACAGGAGGCGGGGGCCCCUGGUCACUCACCCCCUGGAUGCACAGCUGACCUCAGCGUCAAGCAGCAGCAGUGGGGCCGGCGCCUACAAAGCCAGCAUCCCAUAUGGGCGCCGGUUCGAGUCCCGGCUGCUCCACUUCCCAUCCAGCUCUCUGCUGUGGCCUGGGAAACAGCAGAGGUUGACCCAAGUCCUUGGGCCCUGCACCCACACGGGAGACGGGAGGAAGCUCCCGGCUCCAGAUCGGCACAGCCCCACCUGUCGUGGCCAUCUGGGGGGUGAACGGGCGGAUAGAUCUCUCGCUGCCUCUGUAACUCUGCCUUUCAAAUAAAUCUUUUAAAAACACA